AUGCGGCCGACGACUUUAUGGUCCGCGUUUACCACGCUCCUUGCUACAUCCCACGUCUCUGCGUCCUCACUUCACAAUCAUAAGAGACAUUGCCACCACAUCGGCAAAUGUAAAUUCGAUCCUUCCAAAAGCCCUAAAUGUUGGGGCGACCAUUCUUUAAGCACAAAUUGGUAUGACGAAGUACCGGAUACUGGAGUAACGAGAGAAUAUUGGCUUGAAAUUCAAAACAGUACGGCGGCCAUUGACGGAGUUGAGCGCGUGGUUCUAACUGUCAACGGUUCGGUACCGGGACCUACGAUCAUUGCGGACUGGGGAGACAAUGUCGUUGUCCAUGUACACAAUGCACUAGAGAAUAACGGCACUAGCAUUCACUGGCACGGCUUAAGACAGAACCGCACGACACAACAUGAUGGAGUAGCAUCUAUCACCCAAUGCCCAGUAGCGCCUAAAGAUACCAUAACCUACAGGUUCAGGGCGGAACAAUACGGUCAUUCGUGGUAUCACAGUCACUUUGCAACACAAGCAUGGAACGGUGUCUUCGGCGGUAUUCUCAUCAACGGGCCUUGCUCAGCCCCUUACGAUGAGGACAAGGGUGUCCUCUUGCUCAGCGACUGGUUCCAUAACACAACUGACGCCCUUUGGAGCACGGCGUCGGCUGGAUCACCACCAGUAGCUCAAAAUGGAUUGAUAAACGGAACCAACAUCUACGGUAACGGCGGAAAGAGGUUCGAAACGACCUUCGAGGCCGGAAAGCGCCACCGAAUUCGCCUAGUUAACACAGCUAUUGACACUCAUUACAAGUUCAUGAUUGAUAACCAUAAGAUGAAGGUCGUCGCGGCGGAUUUAGUCCCGAUUCAGCCAUACACGACUGAAGUUCUGAGUAUCGGUAUAGGACAGCGUUACGACGUCAUCGUCGAGGCAGACGAGGAUGGCGGCGACUUCUGGCUCCGCGCAUACCCCGACAUGGCCUGCAGUGCUGAGAAUGAGAUGGUGAACAACAUCAGGGGUAUCGUGCGAUACGACGCCUCUUCGCAUAAGGAACCAACUACCUCAGCCUACGCCUACACCGAGGACUGUCUCGACGAACCAAUGUCAAAACUAGUACCCUACGUACCCCUCGACGUCGAAUCCCCAACCGUAAAGAAAGACUUCGGUCUAGGCUUCGCCGUCGAUACCCACGGCCUCUUCAAAUGGACACUCGACGGCACCGACAUGCUCUCAAACUGGGGUCUUCCCACCCUACAACAAAGCCUAAUCGACCUCUCCGUCUUCAAAACCUCUAGCAACGUCGUAGAGUUAAACGAAAAAGACGCAUGGGUAUACUUCAUAAUCGAGAACGGGCCCGCAGCUCUCGGCUUAACACACCCGAUCCAUCUCCACGGCCAUGAUUUCUAUGUCCUCGCGCAGGAGGCGAAUGCGAACUAUACCUCGGCUACGCCGUUACAGUUGAAGAACUCGCCUAGACGGGAUGUCGCGAUGUUGCCCGCGAAUGGGUUUUUGGUGAUCGGGUUCAUGACGGAUAAUCCGGGCGUCUGGCUUAUGCAUUGCCAUAUCGGAUGGCAUGCCUCGCAGGGUUUCGGAUUACAAGUUGUUGAGCGCGCGGCGGAGAUACCGCCGUUAUGCGACUCGAGUAGUAUCGACUCGACGUGCGCGAAGUGGUCGAGGUAUGUUGCUAUGAAGAAUAUCGUACAGGAUGAUUCGGGCAUAUGA